UUUACUACUUUCCUUCGUGAUUUUCCUAAAGACGAAGGUCUCAAGCCGGAUGUCUUCUCCAGAAGUUCUAUAUUACAGGUUCUAUCAGAUUAAGCGUCUACAUCCUUCGCUGAGACCAUAACCAAAAUUCUCGCCAUCGCAGCAACGGCCAUCCCAGACACGUGAAUGACACGGUCACAUGACCGUAUCGAUAAGCUUAAAGCCGCCCCGGAUUGGUUUGGCCGCUUUUGGCGCAUCAUGACCUGACCUAGCUCCAGCCAACUUCCAGCAGCACAGCUUAUCAAUAACACCCCCCCUCCCCUACGCAAUGUAGCUCUCGCUUACUGGAGAUGUCUUCCCUUCCUAAGAAUACGGGAUCCGCCCCUCGUCCUCCCUCAUCUUCAUCCUCCAAGCAGUCCCUCCGAAGACCCUCCUCGGGCACUCAACAACUUCCAUCUCGACCACGACCCAUCGAUCGACGGUCCUCCGCGGAAGAGGUAGAUAGCCAUGCUGUCACCGAUGCCUCUCCAGCACCUAGCCAUGAAGCUAUCGAAUACACGGGGUCACCAAACUAUGAAACAGACGCAGCACAUCCGGAUGUUCCACCCUCGACAACGCACUCGCGAUUCCAGCCUUUCUUCACACUCAUCGAGGAUGCCCACUCCGCAGAAUACUUCCAUCCAACAGUACACUAUAUCUUCUCCGACGACGACACUGAUAUCAUAACAGAGGCGGCCUUUCGUGUGCUAGAACCCGGCCAGGAUAAAGGUGCUUCCGCCCUGCAGCGCAAUUCCCACCCACACGAGCAAGACGAAGCCUACACCGGUGAGGCGGAGCUUGGAAAUCCCGAAAAACCCUCCCUUCUACCACCGCCGAUUCCAGGGGUACGAGAAAAUUAUAUCAUCCUCGACAUGGAACCGUCUCCCUCAUCAGAGCAACAACAAUCAAUACAGAGCGGUGGCGGCGAUGUCGGUCCUACAAGUACUACUGCUGCCGGUGGUGUUCGGUCAAUUUCGACAUCUCCAGCAACCCAGCUGCCCCCUCCUGCGCAGUAUUCGGCUCCGUUCAGGGUCACAGCAGCACACAGCCUGACCCCGGCGUGGCAGGUGCUGGACACCGCCGUACUGCCGGCGCCCACGUUCGAGAACGGCUCGUCGGGCGAACAGGCUGGAAACAGUGGAAUCAUGUUGAAAAUCCAGGGGACGGCAGGUUUGCCGGCGGGAAUAAAAGAAAGGGAAAGGGGCACAGGUAGCCAGCGACUGGAGGAUAUGAUGGACCAGUUCGCAAAGCGGAUGAGAGAGCUCCGCCAUGUUAUUGAGGCGGGGGAACCACCCACGUCCGCGGCGGAGGAAGACCAACAUAAUGAAGAUCAACAUGACUCUCCAGGGCUCAUAAAUCAGGGAGAUCAUCCAGAACAAUCCCUCCUCCCAGAUGUGAUUUAAUGUUCCGUACAUGAGGUAGCAGGCGGCUAGUCCUUUGGUAUAGAUACUGAUAUACAAGAAUGUUCUCUCGACUGACCUCAUCAUCCAACUGAAUAUUCUUACAUCUGUAUUUAAGUCAAUUUGAAAUAUGGAAAGGCAAGCUGUCAGCCAAGAAAAUAAGUAUUUGGGUAUCAUUUUGAGGACCA